AUGUUGCCCAUCCCUCACCCUCUCAGAGUUGCCGGUGUCCUGUACAUGUAUGAUGAAAACCAUAGGAUAUUGGACUUAACAGUAAAAUCCAUUUAUUGGAGUCCAGUAGAGGACACCAAACCCUACCCUCUAUACGGGACACGGCACCCUCCCCUCUAUACGGGACACGGCACCCUCCCCUCUAUACGGGACACGACGCCCUCCCCUCUAUACAGGACACGGCGCCCUCCCCUCUAUGCGGGACAUGACGCCCUCCCCUCUAUACGGGACACAUCGCCCUCCCCUCUAUAUGGGACACGGCGCCCUCCCCUCUAUACGGGACACGCACCCUCCCCUCUAUACGGGACACGGCGCCCUCCCCUCUAUACGGGACACGGCCCCCUCCCCUCUAUACGGGACACGCCACCCUCCCCUCUAUACAGGACACGGCGCCCUCCCCUCUAUGCGGGACAUGACGCCCUCCCCUCUAUACGGGACACAUCGCCCUCCCCUCUAUAUGGGACACGGCGCCCUCCCCUCUAUACGGGACACGGCCCCCUCCCCUCUAUACGGGACACGCCACCCUCCCCUCUAUACAGGACACGGCGCCCUCCCCUCUAUGCGGGACAUGACGCCCUCCCCUCUAUACGGGACACAUCGCCCUCCCCUCUAUAUGGGACACGGCGCCCUCCCCUCUAUACGGGACACGGCCCCCUCCCCUCUAUACGGGACACGCCACCCUCCCCUCUAUACAGGACACGGCGCCCUCCCCUCUAUGCGGGACAUGACGCCCUCCCCUCUAUACGGGACACAUCGCCCUCCCCUCUAUAUGGGACACGGCGCCCUCCCCUCUAUACGGGACACGGCCCCCUCCCCUCUAUACGGGACACGCCACCCUCCCCUCUAUACAGGACACGGCGCCCUCCCCUCUAUGCGGGACAUGACGCCCUCCCCUCUAUACGGGACACAUCGCCCUCCCCUCUAUACGGGACACGGCACCCUCCCCUCUAUACAGGACACGGCACCCUCCCCUCUAUACGGGACACGCCACCCUCCCCUCUAUACAGGACACGGCGCCCCCUCUUCUUUAUAUCAUCUAUUGCUGAAGAUUUUGCAUAG